UCAGCCAUUUACAACCGCAUGUUCUUCAUUUCCGGGUCAGGUUGCUGAUUCACAUACAGGAGGAAAGCGGCGUGUUGGGCUUAUAAAGUGUAAACAUGGUGCCAUUAUAAAAAGUGGAGAGUCAUCCCGGGUGUGUUACAGCCAUGGUGCCUUCAGACUUUAAAGCCCUGAUCCAGAGAUUUUAUCAUCUUCAGUCUGAGAGGGUCGAAACCUACCGGCUCUUUGAAGAGGGACACGAGGCCUACUUGAGGACAGGGCCCCAUUAUGACUUUGACCACUACAGGCAGCUGGUCCAUGAGAUAACGCAGGCGUUCUGUGGCAUCUCUAAGGAAGUGCUGGAGAUCAAGGGCAGGCUGCACGACGGGUUUGACAGACCAGACCUCUCCGAGCACAUUGAGAAAUUGCAGAACAAAGAGAAGGAGAAACUUGAACUGACGGCUAAGCUGCAGCUGGCCAAGCAGCAGGCCCAGGAUCAGCCGGAGGACCAGAGCUGUCAAGAACAGAUUCAGGAGAUCAAGCAUAAAGUCAUCCAGAACAAAGAGGCUCUGAGUGAGAUCAUGCAGGACUUCAAGUAUGACUCAGAGGAGUGCGACUGACAGCUCGCUCCCAGGAGGUAGCCUCUGUCUCGGACACUUUGAGCUGCACUUAUCGAUCCCCUCCACCCGGCUCCACCCAGCUCGCCGCUGCAGUCUUACUCCUCCCGGAGGGCCUUUAACAUCCAUCCUGCGUGCUUGUCUGCAGGCAUGCGUUUGUGUUACUUCAGGGCUCAAAGAAAGCACUCUGCUGGCGCUGUAAUGAAAUGUGUAUAUAAAAUAUUCAGAAGGUGUGAUCGGUUUGGAGACGCUCUCUUUGUUUUGAUUGUAUUUUUAAAUAAAGACGCUUUACAAGACAA